AUGUCUCGAAAACUGAAAGUCUUGGUGGCUCAAGUGGGCUCAAUCCGUAUAGAUUCUGACCGAAAAGAGGCUAAAACAGCUUUAACGACAUUUUUCCCGCGACACAUCUUGAGUACGGAGGAGGUGGAGAGGUUUUUUGAGAAAGGCGAUGACAUCAUCAAUAGCGAAAAUGUCAAAAGGAUUCUUCGAUGCGGCGCAAUCGCUUGUAAAGGAAGGGAAGGUGAUUAG